AUGGUGUUGAUGUUGGUGGUGGUAUUGGCGUUAUUGGAGGUGGUGCAGGUGGCAGUGGUGCUGAUUGCCUUCAGUCUGCUGCUGAUCAGAUGUAUGUCUCCGAAAUCGAGCAAUGCUGCCCUGGUGAGGAAAAGCGUGGAACAUCUCACACCUGAAGACAUCCUGAACUUGCAGAAGUCACUUCGCGAUGUCAAUGACGACGAUUCACAGUAUGGCUACGCGGCAAUCGCGGCCUACCACGGCUAUCCCUCACAGUGUAAAGAUGGUGACCGAGAUGUUGCUUGCUGCAUCCACGGAAUGUCUGUGUUCCCACAGUGGCAUAGGCUCUACGUCGUGCAGAUGGAGCAAGCGCUCAAGGAGAAAGGUCUGAGUAUCGGUGUUCCGUACUGGGACUGGACCCGACCCCUCAACCAUCUGCCCGAGCUGGUGAGCCAACAGGUCUUCAUCGACAGCGACGGCGGAAAAGCCAGGGGCAACGUUUGGUACCAGGGAGACAUCAACAUAGAUGGUCACGUGGUUCACACGGCGAGAGCUGUGGACGAAAGGCUCUUCCAGCAGGUUGAGGCCGGUGAGAGAACCGAUUUGUUCGAGCAGGUUCUGAACGCUCUCGAGUACGAGAACUACUGCCAGUUUGAGGUCCAGUUUGAGGUGGCUCACAACACCAUUCACUAUCUGGUGGGAGGACGUCACACGUACUCCAUGUCCCAUCUAGAGUACACUUCCUACGAUCCCAUCUUCUUCCUGCACCACUCCAAUGUGGACAGGAUUUACGCCGUCUAUGAAGAACUUCAGAAGCUCAGAGGCAAUAGACGUGGUAAGUACCGACGCAUGUUGUGCGACAUCGCAGCUUUCCAGAAGGAACUGGUACCCUUUAACUGGGAUUCAAAUCCCUUCCCGCUGACAAAGCGCCACAACAAAGCUUAUGAAGUCAUCGACCACUCUUUAUUUGGAUACAGGUACGAUGACCUGACACUGAACGGAAUGGACUUAGAGACAAUCAAGGCCCUACUGAAAGAAAAACAGACACAUGACCGAGCCUUCGCCAGCUUCCGCCUCGCCGGUAUUGGCGGAUCUGCCAACGUCAGAGUGGAGGUCUGCGUUCCUGGAGCUAAUGACGUCACAGGAGACUACUGUGAGUUUGCCGGAGAUUUCUUCAUCUUGGGUGGCCCUACUGAGAUGGCCUGGACAUUCACCUGGCCUUACUUCUUCGACAUCACGAAGACUGUCCAGCAUAUGGGCAUUGAUCUGGAAGGCGACUAUCAUGUCCAGGCCCGUAUCUUCAGCGUCAAUGGCACAGAACUGCCCAGCGAUCUCAUCCCCAGCCCUUCUGUGUCUUUCAGGCCCGCACUUGGCAAGACUGACCGUAAGUGGCUUAUUAAAAUUUUAUUAUUAUUAUUAUUAUUAUUCCGCUAUUUUAUGUCAUCACCUUUCCCAUCUGUGUCAAUAUAUAUUUCUUUCUUUGUUUUGUUUUUUAAUAUGUAUGUUUGCGGAAGUGUUUGUAUGAGGACGCAAGCACAACUUAUAUCGUUUACUCUUUCUGCAGCUCCCAUCUCCCACCACGAUGACGCACAUGAGCACGAGUUCCAAGAGGGUGUGGCAGUGAGAAAGGACAUUUCUCGUCUCACCAGAGAAGAGGUUUACGAGCUGAGACAGGCCAUGCAGAAAUUUCAGAAUGACGCCAGCGUGGACGGCUACCAGGCCACAGCAGAGUUCCACGGAGACCCGGGCAAAUGUCCUUACCCCAGCGCCAAGAACCGACUGGCCUGUUGUAUCCACGGCAUGCCCACCUUCCCUCACUGGCACAGGCUCUUUGUCGUACAGGUUGAGGAUGCCCUCCGACGCCGCGGAGCUCACAUCGGUAUGCCUUACUGGGACUGGACGAAACCUAAAACUACUAUCCCAGCCUUGGCUGCUGAUGAGAGCUAUGUGGACCCAACAAGUGGUGAAUCAGUGCACAACCCGUUCUACAACGCCCAAAUCGCCUUCCUCGGCAACGGAGUCGUGACGUCACGUGAUGUUCUGGAGGGUUUGACACAAACCCCAACGUUCGGUGACCACACUGAUCUCUUUGAUGCCUACCUACUGGCUCUGGAGCAAGACAACUUCUGCGACUUUGAGGUCCAGUUUGAAGUAGCCCACAACAUGAUCCACGCUCUAGUAGGAGGAAACGCCCCGUUCGGCCUCGCUUCUCUCUCCUACAGCGCUUAUGACCCCAUCUUCUUCCUGCACCACAGCAAUGUGGACAGAAUCUGGGCCAUCUGGACAGCUCUGCAGCAACACAGGGGCAAACCAUACAAGGCUCAUUGCGCGCAGUCCUAUGUGCACCAGCCGAUGAAACCCUUCGCGUUCUCUUCACCUCUGAACAACAACGAGAAGACUUUCUCUCACUCCGUACCCACCAACGUGUACGACUAUGAGAAAGAGCUGGGAUACGCCUAUGACAGCCUGCACUAUGGAGGCAUGGGCAUUGCCGAGCUGGACAGUUACAUUAACGAGAACCUGAAGGGAAAAUCUAGGACUUUUGUUGGUAUUCUCCUGCACGGUAUCAAGAAAUCUGCAAUCGCCACCGUGUUCGUGAACGCCCCUGGAAAGGAGAAAUACAAUGCUGGUCAGGGUGCCCUGUUGGGAGGACCCAGUGAGAUGGCCUGGGGAUUUGACCGUCUCUACAGACACGACAUCACCGACGCCAUGUCCGCUCUGGGUCUUCACUGGUCCUCGCCCUUUGAGGUGAGCAUUGAGAUGCACGAGUUCGACGGCACGCCGGUCGACGUGAGCGAGUUCCCCAGAGUGCAGCUCAUUCAUAAGAACAAGCAAGAUGAUGCUGCAUCCAGUACUGAUGAUAUCAUCGUUCGGAAAAACGUGAACGACCUUAACGCCGAAGAAGUCGUGGAACUCCGUCGCGCUUUGGCGAAUCUCCAGGAGGACAAAUCCGCGGGAGGUUUUCAAGAUCUCGGCAGAUAUCACGGAACUCCUAAAUGGUGCCCAGCCCCUGAUGCUGAGAAGAAGGUCGCGUGCUGUGUUCAUGGAAUGCCUGUAUUCCCUCACUGGCACAGACUUCUCGCGGUACAGACUGAAAACGCCCUGCGUCGCCAUGGUUACACAGGAGCCCUGCCCUACUGGGACUGGACUCGACCUAUGACGUCACUUCCUAGUCUUGUCGACGACGCCCUCUACGUCGAUCCAAGCAACGGAAAGGAGACCAGGAACCCGUUCUACAGUGGACAUAUUGAUGACGUAGACCAGUACACGGUGAGGUCCGUCAGAGAUGACCUGUACCAGCAGCCCAACUUUGGAGACUACACAGAUAUUGCCAAACAGGUGCUGCUUGCGCUUGAACAAGACGACUUCUGCACGUUUGAGGUCCAGUACGAGAUUGCUCACAACUUUAUCCACGCCCUGGUGGGCGGCAGCGAGCAGUUCUCCAUGGCCUCACUUCAGUACACGGCCUUUGACCCCAUCUUUUUCCUGCACCAUUCCAACACAGACAGGCUCUGGGCCAUCUGGCAGGCUCUCCAAAAAUACCGUGGCAAACCUUACAACACCGCCAACUGCGCUAUUGGACAACUCCGCAACCCGCUGUCACCAUUCAGCUUGACCUCUGAUAUCAACCCUGACCCUGUGACCCGGGAGCACUCCAUUCCGUUCCAGGCGUUCGACUACCGCAGCAGCUUCCACUACGAUUACGACAACCUGGAGUUCAACGGCCUGACUGUACCACAACUGGCACGUGUCCUGGAACAGAACAAAGCCGAAGAUCGCGUGUUUGCUGGGUUCAUGCUGCACGGCAUCCAACAGUCAGCACUGAUCAAGUUCUAUAUCUGCAAGGGCGAUGACUGCAACAACUAUGCUGGAGAGUUCUACGUCCUUGGUGACGUCAACGAAAUGGCCUGGUCUUAUGACAGGCUGUACAAGUACGAGAUCACCGACGCCUUGAAAGCCCUGGGGCUCAAGCACUACGACCGCUAUAGCAUCAGAUACGAGAUUUUGGACCUGCAUGGAAAUGAUAUUGGCCAGCUCUUCCCCACUCCUACAGUUGUCUUCGAAAUGGGAACCAGUCACCUGUACGGCCAAGAGUACCGCGAGGCGGUGACCACAGCGUCGCAAGUGCGCCGUGACCUGUCCACUCUGAACGAGGGCGAGGUAGAAAGUCUGAGAGCCGCUUUCCUCUCCAUCCAGAAAGACGACACCUACGCCAACAUUGCCGCCUUCCACGGCAAACCUGGACUGUGUGAGCUCAACGGACGCAAGGUUGCCUGCUGUGUGCACGGCAUGGCUACUUUCCCCGCUUGGCACAGACUCUACGUGGAGCAGGUGGAGGAGGCGCUCCUGGGCCGGGGUUCCAACGUGGCUGUCCCCUACUGGGACUGGACCAAACCCAUCACUGAGCUGCCCAAACUGAUCAACGACGCGACCUACUUCAACUCACGUACUCAAAAGUUCGAGCCCAACCCGUUCUUCAGCGGCAAAGUCUUGGGUGAAGAUGCUGUGACCACCAGAGACCCCCAGGCCCAGCUGUUCAACAACGACCACUUCUACCAGCAGACUCUGUUUGCUCUGGAGCAGACCAACUUCUGCGACUUCGAGAUCCAGUUCGAACUGAUCCACAACGCCCUGCACUCCUGGCUGGGCGGACGUGCUGAGUACUCGUUCUCCUCUCUCGACUACACUGCUUUUGACCCCGUCUUCUUCUUGCAUCACGCAAACACUGACAGGAUCUGGGCCAUCUGGCAAGAGCUUCAGCGUUACAGAGGCCUGCCCUACAAUGAGGCUGACUGCGCCAUCAACCUGAUGAGAAAACCCCUACAGCCCUUCAACAACGACGAGUUGAACCACGGUGACCUCACCAGCAGAUACAGCCGUCCCGCGGACACGUUCGACUACCGCAACCACUUCCAGUACGAGUACGAUACGCUCACAUUCAACCACAUGACGAUCCCGCAGUUGGAGAACCUUCUGCACCAGAGACAGGAGAACGGCCGUGUGUUUGCCGGCUUCCUGCUGCACAACAUCGGAGCCUCGGCUGACGUGGAGAUCUACAUCUGUGUGCCUACCGGGCCACGGGGCAAGAAGAACUGCGGAAACAAGGCCGGAGUAUUCUCCGUCCUUGGUGGACAGCUGGAGAUGCCCUUCGUGUUUGACCGUCUCUACAAGUAUGACAUCACGCACGCUGUGAGAGACCUCGGACUUAAACUGGACAACGCUGCCAACUUUGAGCUUAAGAUCGACAUUCGCGCAGUCAACGGCAGCUUCUUGAGCCCCAGCAUUCUUCCAAGCCCCACUGUUUUCUACGUGCCCGGAUCUAGUAAGAUGGUUAGUGACGAGAGACAGGAGUCAGACGGCCAGUUGAGCUCUUAUCAGGUGAGAAAGAGCAUCGACGCCCUGAGUCCUCAGGAGGAGUUGUCCCUCCUGAAAGCCAUGGCUGCCCUUCAAGCCGACAGUUCCGCUGACGGAUACCAGUCCAUCGCCUCGUUCCAUGCCAUCCCCCCUCUGUGCCCAAGCCCCAGCGCCAGCAAGAGGUACGCGUGCUGUCUGCACGGCAUGGCCACCUUCCCCCAGUGGCAUCGUCUGUACACUGUCCAGGUGGAGGAUGCCCUCAGACGUCACGGCUCUCUCGUGGGCAUCCCCUACUGGGACUGGUCACGCCAGACUGACCAUCUACCCGGACUUCUGGCCAACCCAACCUACACGGACGUGUACACCGGACAGACUAUCGACAACCCCUGGUACAAGGCCAGGAUUGAAUUUGAGAACACAACGACCGAGAGAGAUGUACAGGGUGACUAUCUGUUCAAGCAAGGCCCCCACGGCUUUGACACUUGGCUGUUCAACCAGGCACUGCUGGCUCUAGAACAAGAAGACUACUGUGACUUUGAGAUUCAGUUCGAGAUUACGCACAACGCCGUGCACUCUUGGCUGGGAGGCACCAAAGUGCACUCCAUGGGACACCUGCACUACGCCUCCUAUGACCCCGCCUUCUAUGUGCAUCACUCCAACACGGACAGACUCUGGGCCUUGUGGCAAGCGCUCCAGAAAUACAGGGGACAUAACCCUAACGAGGCCAACUGCGCUCUCGAGCAGAUGAGGGAGCCUCUGAAGCCGUUUAGCUUCGGCAGCCCGUACAACCUGAAUGAGAUGACCAAGGAGUACUCCAAACCCGAGGACACAUUUGACUAUGAAGGUCACUUCAACUACCGGUACGACAAUCUGGAGUUUGUGGGCAUGAACAUCCCGAGGCUUGACGCUUUCAUCAAGGAGAGAAGAGAAAGAAGCAGAGUCUUUGCAGGCUUCCUUCUGAAGGGUUUCGGCAGCUCUGCAAUGGUUACCUUUGAUAUCUGCACCAAAGGCAUGGAGUCCUGCUUCCAGGGAGGCUAUUUCACCGUGCUGGGAGGAGCUGCAGAAAUGCCUUGGCAGUUUGACAGACUUUUCAAAUAUGAAAUCACAGAUCAGGAUAAUUUAAUGUUCUGGCACUUUUGCAAUACGAAACCUAAGGGCUUCAGCUCCAUUUUGUCUAACCUUGCACUGAUAUUUGACAGAAGUUUCCUGCUCAAGGGUUUUGGCAGCUCUGCUUUCGUGAACUUUGACAUUGUGAGCAACGGAAAGUCAUUUGAAGGUGGUUACUUCACUGUGCUUGGAGGUUCUGCAGAGAUGCCAUGGCAGUUUGACAGACUCUUCAAAUACGAAAUCACCGAUCAACUGAUCGCCGCCAACCUCCGCUUCGACGACAACUACAGCUUUAACAUAAGUGUGCGUCUCCCCGACGGCACAGUUCUCGACAGCAGCCUCAUCCCAACCCCUAGCGUCCUCUUCAAGUCUGCCCAACAUGACUUCAAACGUGAGCAUGUCGCCCCCAAUCACGUCCGUCGUAACCUUGACACUCUUGAGGAGCGUGACCUUCAGAGCCUCAAGGCCGCCCUUCGUGACCUUCAACACGACAACUCCAAUGACGGCUGGGCCAGUCUUGCCUCCUUCCACGGGUCGCCCGCCAAGUGCUCCACUCCCGCCAACGAAUCAGUCGCUUGUUGUAUCCAUGGCAUGCCCACGUUCCCGCACUGGCACAGGCUGUUCACCUUGCAGGUGGAGCAAGCCUUGAGGAGACACGGAAGCGCCAUCGCUAUCCCCUACUGGGACUGGACUCUGCCCAUCACUGACUUGCCUGAGAUCUUCACUUCUCAGAACUACUAUGAUGUAUGGAGAGAUGAGGUGGUCAACAAUCCGUUCGCCCGAGGCUACGUGCCGACUGAGGACGUAUACACCGUGCGUGACAUCAGGCCUGAGAUCAGGAACAAGAACCAAGCUGGAGAUCACUCGGCCAUCUUUGACCUGGUCCUCUCAGCCCUGGAGCAGACCGACUACUGCGACUUUGAGGUUCAGUUCGAGGUGAUGCACAACGCUAUUCACUUCCUGGUCGGAGGUCUCCAAACUUACUCUCUCUCCUCCCUCGAGUACUCGGCCUACGACCCUCUGUUCUUUAUCCAUCAUUCCUUCACCGACAAGAUCUGGGCCGUGUGGCAGGAGCUGCAAACCAGACGCCACCUGCCCGCCAACAAAGCUGACUGUGCUCUCAACUACAUGAGCCAGCCCAUGAGACCUUUCUUCUUCGAGGGUUUCAACUUGAAUAAAUUUACCAUGGACCACGCUGUGCCCAACACUGUGUUCGACUACGAGCACCUCGGCUACAGCUACGACGACCUGUCCAUUGGAGGUUAUGACCUGGACGGUCUGGAGCAGGUCAUCGCCGACCGCCAGAGCAAGGCCAGAGUCUUUGCCGGGUUCCUGCUCAAGGGCGUCAAGACAUCCGGCUCGGUGGUCAUCAACAUUUGUCUGAGGAACAAUGUGUGCAACUACGCUGGUCGCUUCAACCUGCUGGGCGGUCCCACUGAGAUGGCAUGGGCUUUCGACCGUCUCUUCACCUACGACAUCACAAGUGCUUUGGAGCAGUCUGGCAUCAAUCCAGAGGACGUCUUUGAUGCCGAGGCACUCUUCACACUGGAUAUCAAGGUCUUCGAUGUUGAGGGACAUGCGCUGCCUGUGAGCUCAGUGUUGCCAGAACCGACCAUCAUCUACAAAGCAGCUGUUGGUGCCUCCGAGGAAGUGUCUUCGUCGUCUUCCCUGGCCGGUGUUGGUGUCCGUAAGGACGUGUCCACCCUGUCCACUUCUGAGAUCGACAACCUCCGUGAGGCUCUCCGCAGAGUCCAAGCUGAUGCAGGCCCCAACGGCUUUGCAAGCAUCGCCGCCUUCCACGGAGAGCCAGCAGGCUGUGAACUGAACGGUCGCCGCAUCGCAUGUUGUCAACACGGCAUGGCCAACUUCCCCCAGUGGCACAGACUCUUCGUCAAGCAGUUUGAAGACGCUCUCACCGCACAGGGCGCCAUGAUCGGAAUCCCGUACUGGGACUGGACCACUGCCUUCACCGCUCUGCCUUCCCUGGUCACAGAGCAGGAGAACAACCCCUUCUACAACUUCAAGAUUUUCAACGGUGAAGUGACGUCACGUGCCCCCAGAGAGCAGCUCUUCAAUGACCCUUAUCACAAAUUUACCCAAACCCCCUCACAGGUUGAGCAAGCCUUGAGGAGACACGGAAGUGCCAUCGCUAUCCCCUACUGGGACUGGACUCAGCCAAUCAGCCACUUGCCCGAGAUCUUCACGUCUGAGGACUUCUACGAUGUCUGGAGAGAUGAGGUAAUGAUCUUGUACAUUCCCCUUACUCGUGGUCUUAUUUUUUAUUUUAAACGAGGGUGGAAACGUUUAUUAAGAAGAAACUCUAUUAUUAUUAACUAUGGAUACUCACUGUGCUCUCUGCCCGGCUUGAGAACUGACCAACCUAUUUCAAUAUGUAUCCAAUCUCCUCAGGUGGUGGCAAACCCAUUUGCCCGCGGCUACAUUCCGACAGAGAAGGCUUACACCGUCCGUGACGUGCGUCCAGAGAUCCACCUGAACGACCGCGAGGGAAGACAUUCUGCGCUCUUUGACCUGGUGCUCUUAGCCCUAGAGCAGACCGACUACUGUGACUUUGAGGUCCAGUUCGAGGUGAUGCACAACGCUAUCCACUUCCUGGUUGGAGGUCUCCAGACUUACUCGAUGUCCACCCUCGAGUACUCGGCCUAUGAUCCCAUGUUCCUUAUCCACCACUCCUUCACCGACAAGAUCUGGAUUGUAUGGCAAGAGCUACAGAAGAGACGCCACCUUCCCGCUACCUCAGCAGCCUGCGCUGUCAACUACAUGAACCAACCUAUGAAGCCAUUCUAUUUUGAAGGUUUCAACCUCAAUGGAUUCACCAAAGAAGUUGAGCAAGCCUUGAGGAGACACGGAAGCGCCAUCGCUAUCCCCUACUGGGACUGGACUCUGCCCAUCACUGACUUGCCUGAGAUCUUCACGUCUGAGGACUUCUACGAUGUCUGGAGAGAUGAGGUGGUCAACAAUCCGUUCGCCCGAGGCUACGUGCCGACUGAGGACGUAUACACCGUGCGUGACAUCAGGCCUGAGAUCAGGAACAAGAACCAAGCUGGAGAUCACUCGGCCAUCUUUGACCUGGUCCUCUCAGCCCUGGAGCAGACCGACUACUGCGACUUUGAGGUCCAGUUCGAGAUUACGCACAACGCCAUGCACUUCCUGGUCGGAGGUCUCCAAACUUACUCUCUCUCCUCCCUCGAGUACUCGGCCUAUGAUCCCAUGUUCCUUAUCCACCACUCCUACACGGACAAGAUCUGGGCCUUGUGGCAGGCGCUGCAAACCAGACGCCACCUGCCCGCCAACAAAGCAGCCUGCGCUGUCAACUACAUGAGCCAACCCAUGAGACCAUUCUUCUUCGAGGGUUUCAACUUGAAUAAAUUUACCAUGGACCACGCUGUGCCCAACACUGUGUUCGACUACGAGCACCUCGGCUACAGCUACGACGACCUGUCCAUUGGAGGUUAUGACCUGGACGGUCUGGAGCAGGUCAUCGCCGACCGCCAGAGCAAGGCCAGAGUCUUUGCCGGGUUCCUGCUCAAGGGCGUCAAGACAUCCGGCUCGGUGGUCAUCAACAUUUGUCUGAGGAACAAUGUGUGCAACUACGCUGGUCGCUUCAACCUGCUGGGCGGUCCCACUGAGAUGGCAUGGGCUUUCGACCGUCUCUUCACCUACGACAUCACAAGUGCUUUGGAGCAGUCUGGCAUCAAUCCAGAGGACGUCUUUGAUGCCGAGGCACUCUUCACACUGGAUAUCAAGGUCUUCGAUGUUGAGGGACAUGCGCUGCCUGUGAGCUCAGUGUUGCCAGAACCGACCAUCAUCUACAAAGCAGCUGUUGGUGCCUCCGAGGAAGUGUCUUCGUCGUCUUCCCUGGCCGGUGUUGGUGUCCGUAAGGACGUGUCCACCCUGUCCACUUCUGAGAUCGACAACCUCCGUGAGGCUCUCCGCAGAGUCCAAGCUGAUGCAGGCCCCAACGGCUUUGCAAGCAUCGCCGCCUUCCACGGAGAGCCAGCAGGCUGUGAACUGAACGGUCGCCGCAUCGCAUGUUGUCAACACGGCAUGGCCAACUUCCCCCAGUGGCACAGACUCUUCGUCAAGCAGUUUGAAGACGCUCUCACCGCACAGGGCGCCAUGAUCGGAAUCCCGUACUGGGACUGGACCACUGCCUUCACCGCUCUGCCUUCCCUGGUCACAGAGCAGGAGAACAACCCCUUCUACAACUUCAAGAUUUUCAACGGUGAAGUGACGUCACGUGCCCCCAGAGAGCAGCUCUUCAAUGACCCCGAGUUCGGAUCCGAGUCUUUCUUCUACAGACAAGCCCUGCUGGCGUUUGAGCAGACUGACUACUGUGACUUUGAAGUCCAGUACGAGAUUACCCACAACGCCAUCCACUCCUGGACGGGUGGCCGAUCUCCGUACGGAAUGUCCACUCUGGAGUUCACCGCCUACGACCCGCUCUUCCUGUUGCACCACUCCAACGCGGACAGACAGUUCGCCAUCUGGCAGGCGCUGCAGAAGUUCCGAGGUUUGCCCUACAACAACGCCAACUGCGCCAUCCAGAAACUUCGUGAGCCCAUGAAACCUUUCAGUAACCUGGACAACAUCAACCCGACCACCAGAGCCAACGCCAGGGCUAUUGACGCUUUUGACUACGACAGAUUCAACUACCAGUACGAUAACCUCAACUUCCACGGCCUGACCAUCUCUGAGCUCAAUGACCUGCUGGAGAAGAGAAAGGAAGAAGACCGCGUCUUUGCUGAGUUCUUGUUGGCUGGAUUUGGCGGAAGUGGUGACGUCGUCUUCAACCUAUGUUCAGAGGAAGAAUGCGCUUUUGCUGGAACAUUUGCCGUCCUGGGUGGAGCCAUCGAGAUGCCUUGGGCCUUUGACCGUCUCUUUAAAUAUGACGUCACAAACGUGUUCAGGAAGCUGAACCUGCGCCCCGAUGACGUAUACCACUUCGAGGUGAAGAUCGUGGCUGUGAACGGCACUGAGCUUUACCCCGGACUCAUCAGACCUCCCAGUGUCCAGUUUGUGCCUGGCGUCAAGGGUUACUACGAACGCGUUGCCGCCAAGACUGCCAAGAGUUCUGCCAGCCUGCUGAGAAAGGACGUGAACGACUUGACUCUUGCUGAGGCGUCCAACCUGAGAGACGCCCUGUACAAACUGCAGCAAGACCAGGGCCCCAACGGCUUCGAGGCCAUCGCUGGCUACCACGGCGCCCCCUUCAAGUGCCCGGCCAACGGAGAAGACAAAUACGCCUGUUGUGCUCACGGCAUGCCCGUCUUCCCUCACUGGCACCGUCUCCACACAGUACAGUUCGAACAAGCUCUCAAAGAACACGGAGCUCUGGUGGGUGUGCCCUACUGGGAUUGGACCGCCCCCAUCAACGCCCUGCCUUCACUGAUUGGCGACAGCAGCAACCACAACCCGUUCUACAAGUACCACAUUUCUUUCGUAAAUCAGCCAAACAACGAAUGUGCUUAUGGCGGACGAUUCAACGUGCUGGGAGGACCACUGGAAAUGGACUGGGCCUUCAACCGUCUCUUCAAGUUCGACAUCACUCGCGCCCUGGAGGAGGCGGGUCUGCACCCCGAGGAUGUGUUCGACUCGGAGGCCCUUUUCACCCUCAGGGUCAAGAUCUUCAACGCUGAAGGACAGGCAGUGGCUCUGAAGUCAGUCAUGCCCGAACCGACCAUCAUCUUUGAGCCUGCCCACGGUGCUGCGGAAGAUGUGAGCUCAACCACCCUGUCCGGCGUCGGAGUCCGUAAGGACGUGUCUACUCUGUCCGCUGCCGAAAUCUCCAACCUCCGUGACGCUCUCCGUAAAGUGCAGGCUGAUGUGGGCCCCAACGGAUUUGCUAGCAUCGCCGCCUUCCACGGUGAGCCAGCAGGCUGUGAACUGAACGGUCACCCCAUCGCUUGUUGUCAACACGGCAUGGCCAACUUCCCCCAGUGGCACAGACUCUUUGUCAAGCAGUUUGAGGACGCUCUCACCGCACAGGGCGCCAUGAUCGGAAUCCCGUACUGGGACUGGACCACGGCCUUCACCGCUCUGCCUUCCCUUGUCACAGAGCAGGAGAACAACCCCUUCUACAACUUCAAGAUUUUCAACGGUGAGGUGACGUCACGUGCUCCCAGAGAGCAGCUCUUCAAUGACCCCGAGUUCGGAUCCGAGUCUUUCUUCUACAGACAAGCCCUGCUGGCGUUUGAGCAGACCGACUACUGUGACUUUGAAGUAAGUCAAAGUGUUAAAGAGGCUAUGUUAACAUGGUUCAUGUCUUGUCAAAGAAACGGAUACGUAAUACACCAGAGGCGUCAUUUUUUCAUAAUGUCUUUUGAGAAAUGUGUGGUUCCCAUUACCUCUCCCAAAAUCUUAAACUCUGAUAUUUUGAAACUGAAGACAAAACGUCGUUCUUCUUCCCUUUCUUUCUCUCUGCACCAGGUCUGCUAUGACCAUUGUAAUGCCACAUGGGAUGGUCUCAUGUGCUGGUCCUCGACGCCCGCUGGACAAACGGCUGAGCAGAAAUGUCCAGCAUAUGUCGACAACUUCUACAGGCAUGGAGCUUUGUAUUCACCACUAGAAAGGCCACUUAACAGUUCGCUCUUUUGGGGAGCAGUGUGCUGCUUUCAAAAGUUUUUCUUGGGAAAAGAAGUUAACUACAAAACCCUCACUACUUUGUUCCAAAAAUACACCUACAUGUUCCGAUGUCUCACUGAAAAUGUCCCAUUGUCCAGGUUCAACUACCAGUACGAUAACCUCAAUUUCCACGGCCUGACCAUCUCUGAGCUCAACGACCUGCUGGAAAAGAGAAAGGAAGAAGAUCGCAUCUUUGCUGAGUUCCUGUUGGCUGGAUUUGGCGGAAGUGCUGACGUCAUUUUCAACCUAUGCUCCGAGACCGAGUGCACCUUUGCCGGUACAUUUGCCGUGCUGGGCGGCGCCAUCGAAAUGCCAUGGGCCUUUGACCGUCUCUUUAAGUAUGACGUCACAAACGUGUUCAUGAAGUUGAACCUGCGCCCUGAUGACGUGUACCACUUCGAGGUGGAGAUUGUGGCUGUGAACGGCACUCAUCUCGACUCCGGACUCAUCAGACCUCCCAGUGUCCAGUUUGUGCCGGGAGUCAAGGCUCAUCAAAAGCAGCUGUUAAAAAGCGCUUACCCUGAGCACCAAAUAAUAUCUGUUUCUGUUCCAUUUCAAGGUUAUUACGAGCGUGUUGCCGCCAAGACUGCCAAGAGUUCUGCCAACCUGCUGAGAAAGGACGUGAACGACUUGACUCUGGCCGAGGUGUCCAACCUGAGAGACGCCCUGUACAAAAUGCAGCAAGACCAGGGCCCCAACGGCUUCGAGGCCAUCGCUGGGUACCACGGCGCCCCUUUCAAAUGCCCGGCAGAAGGAGCAGACAAAUACGCCUGUUGUGCUCACGGCAUGCCAAUCUUCCCUCACUGGCACCGUCUCCACACCGUACAGUUCGAACAAUCUCUCAAAGAACACGGAGCUCUGGUGGGCGUGCCCUACUGGGAUUGGACCGCCCCCAUCAAUGCCCUGCCUUCUCUGAUUGGUGACAGCAGCAAUCACAACCCGUUCUACAAGUCUCACAUCUCUUUUGUAAAUAAGGUGAAUAAUUACGUUUUAUUUAUUGACACCACCCGUGACAUACAAGACUCUCUGUUCAACCCCCGCACGAUCAACGGCUACAACUAUCUCUACUACUUAGCUCUGAGCACUCUGGAAGAAGACAACUUCUGUGACUUUGAGAUCCAGUACGAAGUUCUCCAUAACGAGAUCCACGGUCUUAUUGGUGGACAUGGCACCUACUCAAUGUCUACGCUGGAUUACUCUGCAUUUGAUCCUCUGUUUAUGAUCCACCAUUCCAGCAUCGACAGAAUCUGGGCGAUCUGGCAGCAACUGCAAAAACUCCGGCGCAAACCUUUCAACUCUGCCCGCUGUGGUGGCGCCAUCAUGGAGGAACCUCUCCAACCCUUCAGCUAUUCUCAGGUCAACACCAACGACUUCACCAGGAUGAACUCUCUACCCAGCAAAGUGUUUGACUAUGCUCAUCUCGGAUAUGAGUUCGACGACCUGGACCUCAACGGCCAUAGUGUGGAGGAUUUGAAUGGCAUCAUCGGAAGUUUCAGGGAUCAGAACAGAAUCUACAUUGCCUUCAAUAACUAUGGCAGGCAAAACUCUUUCACAGCUGAUAUCUAUUUGAUGAUGACAGGGGACAAAAAAGUGAAUGUUGGCCGUUUCUACAUGCUGGGAGGAGAGCGUGAAAUGCCCUGGUCCUUUGAGAGACUUUUCAAAUAUGACAUCACAGAUAUAGUCCGCGCCAACCAUGUUGACAUCAGCAAGCCCGUCAAGAUUGUUCUCAAGAAGGGCACCCGCAUUCGUUUCAUCACAGAAGAUAUUGGAACACCCAUGGAAAAUCUGGGCAGUUUCACCAACUUCCACUUCUGCAACAUUCCGCCUUUCUCCUACCACUCCUUCCCGUUCGGCGAGGUGCAUGCCCUGAGCCCUGGCGACUACUUCUUCGUCAACAGAGACAGUGGCUUGUGUAACUCUGGCAGGAGACUGCAGAUCACAGUGACCGACGAGUAAAUUAUUAUAGUGUCUCAAGUUGCUGUGGAGCAAAAGUAAGUUUCUUUCUGUUACACUUCAUUUUGGAGGUGUCAGAAAAAUAAAGGGUGUAGGGUGUAAGUCACCUUGGCGUCGUUUCGAGCAGAAAAAAAAACAGCUGGGCUUAAUCAAGUUCAUCAAUGAUGAUAUAAUGUUACUGAAUUUUGGAACUUCAACGACAUCUAAACAUUAAAAUUUCAUUCAAAUGCUAUACUGCGUUGAUUCCCCGGCACGUGACGUCAUUAUUAAGAGCUCUAUUUUUAGCAAAAUGUGACUUAGACCCAUUAUUUCCUAACUUAAUCCCUUCGUUAUGUUUCGUUAUUUCUUUCAUGGAUUUUAAUUGAAAAAUAACGAGUGCCCUAGAGUCGUGGUUCUGAUUUAGGGCUCUUUUUUCUCUUUAGUUUCUUUUUU